CAAGUCCAGCGAGGCCGGAGUUUGCGUUCGACCGAACGUGGAAAUGUGGCGGGAAACGACGUAUCUUACCUGGCCAACAUCCUCCACGGAUUCACCCACCAAUCGGAGAGUGAGGUCCAAUUGAAGCUCUCACUCACGACCACUCACGACGCGAGCGUGCGCACUGACGAUGCCACUGCUGCAUUACGUUUCCCGCCAACAUGGCAAAUAUGUCGGCGCUCGUGUCGUUUCCCGCCAAGCCUCCGCGACAACCCCGUUAUAGGGCAACGAAGUUUUUGUAUGGCGGUGUAGGAGUGUUUUCCCCGCGUUAUCUCGUCUGAUCUCUCAUCUGGCUGGACUAGGUGCGGAAGGAUGGGGCAAUCGGACGACUCCGAGGACUCGAUGUACGGUCGACACCAGGAUCUUUGCCAAAAGCUGAAUAUGGAUGCGGUCGCCGCGUCCGAAGCCUGGAAAUCCUACGAAACUAUUCGGCAGAAUUACACCCUCGAGGGUGACCAAUUGCAUUGGAUAGGAUGUGCAGUGUACGUGGCAUGUAGAAAAUUUUCCAUACCUACAGUAGGAAGACCAGGCACUAACGUGGAAGGCAAUUGUGUAUCACUUACUCGUCUUUUGCAACUGUGUAAUCUCCCCUUGAUACAAUUCUUUACAAAGAGCAAGUCAUGGGCAGAUAUGGCAAAUAUGCCACAGGACUUUCGAGCCCGGAUAGAGAAGCUAGAAGCUAAUUUCUCAGUGUCAAUGGUUAUAUUUAAAAAAUAUCAGCCAAUAUUCUCUGAUAUAUUUAAGGACCCACGAGAGGAUACCUCUAAGCCAUCUAGGUCUAGAAGACACAAAGCAACACCCUGUACACCUAGCAGGGUUUUUGAAUUUUGUUGGACAUUAUUCAUAUGCAUAAAGGGUGCAAUCCAUGAUAUCUCGGACGACCUUGUUAAUUCUUAUCAUCUCUUGCUGGUCUGCUGUGAUCUUAUAUAUAACAAUGCUUUAUUGGCUAAUAGAAAAGACUUGUUGAAUCCUAAUUUUCCUGGCUUGCCAGCAAAUUUCAAUGAUGACAACUAUACCCCACCACAAACUGCAAAUUGCAUUGUUAACUUGCUAUGCGAGCGUCAUGAUGCCAUUGCAGUUGAGGCUAAAGCCAUAAAGGAGUAUUGCGUGAGAAAUUACAUAAACAAGCUAUUUAAUGAAAAAACCUUACGUGGAGAUCAAUCAAAUUUCUCUGGUAUGCUAGAAGCAAUGAAUUUUGAUAGUAACAACAAGGCCAUUAACAAGUCUUAUGAACAGCGUAUGCUAAGUGUCGGAGACUUUGAUGAAAGAAUUUUCUUAGCAAAAUGGAGGAGAUUAAAUUUGAGCAAUAUAUCAAAUUCAGAUGUAUUUAGCCAAAAUGAUGCCAAGCAUGACCAGUUUAGUAAACAUGACGUCUUAAAAGGCCAAGACGCUAAUGAAAACAUUGGUUCUCCUACACAAAUGAUGAACAUCGAAGAUUUUCAUGAACAAUUGCAAUUGAAGAGGGAACAGCAUGCUGGGCAAUAUCUGGCUCCUCCCACACCAUUGACUGGACGUAAAUAUCUUCGAUCGAAGGAUAUGUCUAAUAUAACACCAGUGACUACGGCAACUCAAAGCGUCAUUAAGUUACAAGCUUUGAUAGCUGGACAAUCUGCUCCAAGCGAAAGCUUAUUGCAGAUGCUGAACAACUGUUCUCAAGAUGUCAAAUCCUCACUCGAGGCAAAAGUUAAACAGAUUGGUGAACAAUUUUGUUCAAAUUAUAAUAGUAACGCAGAUAUGACUAAUGCAAAUGAUGGUUCAGCAUUUGACUUUGGAAAGAAACGUCUUCUUAUGGGACAAACCUUAUUUUACAAGCUUCUGGAAGUGAUUCUAAAUGAUGAAAAACGCAAAAAGCCAAAUGACGACAUAACUAAUCUUCUCUUGAAUGAAGUCUUUAUCCAAUGCCUUUUUGCCUGUUGUCUCGAAAUCGUUAUAUAUUCGUAUAAAAGCAACGACAAGAUAUUUCCCUGGAUACUGAAAGCUUUGAAUCUAGACGCUUACUAUUUCUAUAAGGUCAUAGAAAUUAUAAUAAGAGCCGAGGAUCAACUGUCGCGAGAUGUGGUCAAGCAUUUGAAUCACAUCGAGGAGAAAAUUCUAGAAUCCCUGGCUUGGCAAAGUGAUAGUCCUUUAUGGCAAACCAUUGAGUCUUUGCCAGAUGGUGUGCCAAGCUGCGAGGAAGUUGCCUUGCCUGGUACUUUGGAAACUGCUGAUCUGAACACAUCUGGUCAACCUAUAUUAAGACGUGUUACUUUAGAUCGGGAACGUACUCAUGAUGUUCAACAAAGUCCGAUUUCGUCUGCUUCAGAAAGAUUUCAGUCUCCAAUUGCAGCAUCUGGUGUGGCAAAAAAGCGAUUAUUCUCCGAGACCAGAGUCACCGGUCAAAGCGUCCUUCGUGUCGGACAAAGUGUGUUGUCUUCUAAUAGAAUGUUAUUAGACAAUGGCCAAAGGAUUCUCUUAUUACCCGAUCAAAUUGCAGUUUCUAAAUCAUCGGGCACGACACAAACGUUAAAUAAUCCCACACAAGCAACGAACAGAGACGCCACCAAACCGAAGAGAACGGGUUCUGUCGCGCUGUUCUUCCGAAAAUUCUAUAAUCUUGCAUGCGUACGCAUGCAGGAUUUGUGCAAUUCAUUGGAAAUAUCAGACAACGAUAAGAAAAAGAUUUGGACGAUCUUCGAAUACUCUAUCAAGGAACGUAAAUUAAUGAAGGAUCGGCAUCUUGAUCAAAUCUUAAUGUGUGCAAUUUAUGUAAUAUGUAAACUGGUUAGGAUGGAAAGAAACUCGUUUACCGAAAUCAUGCGGUGUUAUCGUUUACAGCCGCAGGCCGAGUCUCAUAUAUAUAGAUCGGUACUUAUUAAGAAAGUUUCUAAUGACGAAGAUCCGGGAACGAGUGGUAAUGAAAGAUCAGAGGACAAUAAUAUGUUGGGAGAGAAUAUAACUCCACCGACACCGACAAAUAUGACCGGGACGUCUCAAAAUUUUAAUGGGGAGAUACGCGACGAUUUGAUUAAAUUUUACAACAAGGUGUAUGUUCCACAAGUCAAGGAAUUCGCGAAUAAAUUUGGAUCCACUCGCGGCAGUGUUAUGAAUCUCUCAUUGAGUCCUUUACCGAAAGGAAAAGCACCUGCUAAUUCUCCAGUGAGACGUGUCACUAGUAGUAUUAUGACACGCACUCUUGAUCCGAAGGCUAUUAGCGCAUCACCAGCGCCACAAUUAACUUAUUGCUUCAGCCGUAGUCCUGCCAAGGAUUUAGAAGCUAUCAACAAGAUGAUGAUAUCGGUGGAUGCGAAAAAGAGUGUAGGAAAGAGAUUACUUUCUGAUGACACGGAUGUAGAAAUGACAGAAGGUACAUCUAAAAAAACUGCAACUUUUGUUGCACGAAAAUUAGAAAAUAUUAUUGGAGAACGACGAACGCAAAACCAAUAAGCAGGAUACAGUGGAAUGACGUCAAUCAUAGUUUAUGAGAACAAAGAACGUGUUCACUCUGCUUUUUAAUUGCGUAUGAAUUGAUUUGCAAAAAACGAAGAAACAAGACAAAUAAAAGCCAAUCACUUGGCUGUUUAGCAUAAAUGUGAAACGUUCGUUUCUCAGGUAUAGUCAUUCUAGCAAAUUGGAAGGGCCCAAUAAAAUAUCGUUCACAUUUAUAUAAAGAUGCUGUAAUGUUUGUGUAAUUUUAUUUAGUGUAAAGUCAGAAUUCAAUUUCCAGUAUUCUUCGUUGACUUUUAUCUUACCAGAGUAGACCUUUUUUGUUAAUUUAUAAUUUACCCAACCAAACUGUCUUUCAAACCUUUCUUAUAAAAUGCAAAGACGUGUAAUGUGAAUUAUAACUAUGACAUACGCAUGUUACACUUUCCGUGCAUUACGUUAUUGUUAACAUAACAUAGAAUUAAUUUAAAACAAAUAUUGAUUUUUUUUUUAAUGUGUCUACUGUUAGUUCUUGAUCAUGAUUGUUACGUAAAAUUAUAUAAAAUCGCAUAUACAUCCAUAUAUAGUGAUAAUUAGUUUUGUGACAAAAUUACCGUUGAUUUUGUAGAGACAUUAGCUAGCGAUAUUCUAUAAAAUCACCAGAAAUUUUAAAAUUUACGAUUAUCGAAUUAUCAUUUUCAACAUAUAACAUGUAGAUUUAACUAGGAAAUUAUUAAUUAAAUAAGAAAUUACAAAAAACAUGCUAGUAUUAUCGUGACAAUAAAUUGUAAUUCGCACUACGAUAUACGAAGUGGUCACCAACGAAAAAUAUUUUAAUGAUAGAUCCUCGAAGACAUUUAAAACCGAUUUUUCUCGAGAACAAAAAUUGUAAACAAAUAUUUAAUAAUUACAAUAAUCAUUGUAAUUAUUUAUUUUUUAGCAUUAGUUAUCGCGUAAGUAACUAUUACAUGAAAAUUCUGUUCAAAUAAAGUCAAAUAAACAAAAUAAUAUUUUUGUUAUUUAUUUCCGUUAUUUUUUUCCAUAUAACUUUGAAUCCAUUAAAAAUCCUUUAAUCGCUUUAUUCAAUAAAUAUAUCAAUUUCUCGAUAUUAAAAUAAUCAUUAGUCUUUUUAAUUUUUUAUUUUAUUAUAUCUACCAUUAAAAUAUUAUCCAAUUGCGAUGGACCAUCCUGUAUACACAUAUUUUAAAUUUAUAAAAUAAGUUAAACAAAAAAUUGAUAUUAAUUGAUAGCUCUUGUUUCUGAUUGUGAUCAAUUCGUUAUUUGCAUUGCAUCUUGUAAAAGUAAACCUAGUCAAUGUUUGUGAAGUAUUUGGUAUGUAUUUUCUACACUGGAAAUUGAUCUGACUAUUCCAAAUGCGUAUAUUAUGACUCGUCAUAAGCUUAUCAUCGUUUUCUGUUCCGUAAUCAAAAUAUACAUAAAAUCAAAAAAAUAUAGUUUCAACUGCUUAAUCAUUUUAAUGGUAAACUUAAGCUCAUGGUGAAAGAAAUGAAUAUAUACAGCAAAUGUUAAAUGAGUAAUAGUUCGAUUAAAUUCACUUUCUUUAAAAAAAGAACAUUGAUCCAAAUACAAAUUGAAGGUAAAAUUAAUUGUAUUCAUAUGAGUGUGCUUUAUAUUUCAAGAAGUAAGUUAUUUGUAUCUUUUAAAAUUUAGUUUGUCAAGAGUUAAAAAACUCAGAGUAGAUGUAAAUAUUUCUAAAUUCACAUUAUGAUCUCAUUAAUUUGUCAUUUAUUAUCGAACAAUGUAUAAAACGAGAAUAUUAUAAAGUAAGAAUUAAAAACUAUUAUUGUAUUUAUUGCAUUACAAGGAUUUUGUAACUCGAGCUUAAUGUAAUUAAAUAUCAAUCGCGAAUUUAGAGAGAGAGAGAAAAUACUGAUACAUUAAUAGUAAUUGAAUACAAAUAUUUGUUGUGCAUGAGACGACUAUGUUUUCAACAUAUUGUUUAAAACAAAAUACUGAGUUUCUUGGAUAUUUCUCCGUUAUGGAUCAUAACGGAAUCAUAUGCGACAAUGCUGUUAUAUUUGAAUUUUUGUUUGCUUUUACCAUCGAAAUUAAUUUACAUUGUAUUCGUAAAGUUUUUUUUAGUAACAAUAUGAGAUUAGCUUCUUUUAUAUAGUUUGCAUGCACGACUAAAAGCAAUUACUAAUGUAGUUUUCUUUAUAUUUAAAUAAAUAAUGUAAAAAUUU